AUGUAUUUGACUGGUGAUGCAAAAUUGUGGUGGCGUACUCGGAAUGCGGAUGAUGAAAGCGCUGGACGUCCCAAAAUUAAUACUUGGGAUAAGCAGAAUGUGAAGGAUUUGCCUAGUGCAAUUGCUGCUGCCGAUUCGUUAGUGGAUUUUCGCUCAACACGUUCAAAUUCUGACAUUUCCAAUUCUUCGAAGUCAAAGAAAAAGACUGAGAAAAAAGGGGAAUGGAAGAAGGAUGGACGUAAUGAUAAGAAUGACAAGAGCAAGGCACAAACAAAUGCUGGGAACGCUAAGAACAAAGGAAAAGAUAGCAAUGCAAAAGGCUGCUGGACUUGUGGUGGACCGCAUUUGGCCAAGAGUUGUCCUAAUCGCGAAAGAGUAAAUGCGAUGCUUGCUGGAAAUGUGAAUCAAAGUAAGGGUGAUGAUGUGGUUUCUGCGUUGGCAAAUCCUUUGGGGUUUUCACUUAACCAUAUCAGUUUGUUGAAUGUUGUGGGUGAAUCCUCAAAGUCCUUCAACAACCCUCAUGCUGCAUUGAUUCACAUCGAGAUGAAGAUCGAUGGCAAUCGUGUGAUGGCCAUGGUUGAUACCGGAGCCACUCACACUUUUGUGGAUGCCAAAGUUGCUGCGAAACAUGGACUUAAGUUGAAGAAAAGUCCAUCCUUUGUCCAGACGGUGAGUUCCAAAGCACAAGCCAUUGUAGGCAUGGCUUACGAUGUGCAGAUGGUGAUUGGGAGUUGGACGGGGAAACAUAAAUUGAUGGCUAUGCCAUUAGGUGAUUUUGAAGUCAUUUUAGGGAUAGACUUCCUUAGGAAAUUUCACUUUGUUCCUUUUCCUCACUUAAACGGAGUGAUGAUCGGAGACGAAGCCAAUCCAAGUUUCAUGAAGGCUUCUAAUCCUUAUGGAGAAGUAAAGAAAGGGAAAAACAAAGGCCCUAUCAUUUCUGCUAUUUCAGUCGAGAAAGGAUUGAAGAAGGGUGCUGAAACUUUUCUUGCCGCCAUGAUAGAAGUGAAACCAGACGUGAAGGUGGAAAUUCCAGAUUGUGUUGCUAAUUUACUGAAGCAAUACGCUGAUGUGAUGCCCCCUGAAUUGCCUAAAGAAUUGCCGCCAAGGAGGGAUAUAGAUCAUAAGAUCGAGUUGCUACCCGGUUCAGUUGCUCCUGCACAGGCUCCUUAUCGAAUGGUUCCAAAAGAAUUGGCUGAAUUGUGGAAACAGUUGAAUGAAUUGCUGGACGCUGGAUUAAUUCAACCAUCAAAAGCUCCUUAUGGUGCUCCUGUUCGAAUAGCAGAGGGUGAUGAGUCAAAAACGACGUGUGUGACAAGGUAUGGCUCUUACGAGUUUCUAGUUAUGCCGUUUGGGUUGACAAAUGCCCCGGCAACUUUCUGCAAUUUGAUGAAUAAUGUGUUGUAUGAUUACCUAGACGACUUUAUUGUGGUAUAUCUAGACGACAUAGUCAUUUAUAGUUGUUCCCUUGAUGAGCAUUUGGAACAUUUAAAGUUAGUAUUGUCUCGAUUGCGGGAGUACAAACUUUAUGUCAAAAUGGAAAAGUGCGAAUUUGCCAAACAAGAAGUGAAGUUCCUUUGGCAUCUGGUUAGUCAAAACCAAUUAAGGAUGGAUCCGAAAAAGGUACAAGCAAUUGCGGAUUGGCCGGCACCUAGCGGGAUUAAAGAAUUGAGAUCAUUCUUGGGACUGGCUAACUAUUAUCGCAAAUUCAUUGCUAGUUACUCUAAGAAGGCUGCAGCGUUGACUGAUUUGCUGAAAAAAAAAGUUAAGUGGGAAUG